CAAAGCAAACGGAUCAACCCCGAAUGGGAAACACAAACCAAACAAAGCUGAAUUUUUGAGAAGCUCAACCACAACGAACCAAACCACAAGGCAAACAACACUAGCAUUAUUUUUGGGGUCCUUGUUGGUUGACACAGAAAAAUAUUACCCCUGCCGCCAUGUGCAUGUGACGCGCUAAACUUGACCGCACGCGCGACCUUCCUCCGUGACGUCACUGAUUGUUACAUUACGCGGGCGAUGCAUGCACAGUACAUGCAUGCAAUGUAUAGAAAUACAGUACAUGUACAUUGUACAUUCUGCAGAAGACUGCAGCACAUACGCGAUUGCACUUUGACAUCGGCAGCCAUUGUACAUGAAGACCUAAUCCUCGGGCUGCAAGGAGCUGCAAUCUGACCCCGAUUUCGACCAUGUCCUCAACCAUGUCUGACGUGGGUUCUCCCUCUUUGGACGUGUCUGACCAGCUAGAAUGCCCGGUCUGCACGGAGCAGCUGUGGGAACCUAAGCUGUUGAACUGCGGCCACACCUUCUGCCUGAAAUGUCUGCAAGCGCUGUUCCAGCCCGAGAUGUUCCCCCAGAACCCUGUGGUGGUCUGCCCCUUGUGCCGCAAGAAGACCCCGGUCCCUAACAAAGGGAUAGCUGGCCUCAACUCUAACUUCGCUCUUCAGAGUCUCCUGGAAGCCCUGUCGGGCGUCAAGCCCAAAACCCCAGCGGAGGUGGCCAAGACCGAAGACGGGGAGCCUACCACAUGCGAGAUCCACAAGGAGAUGAAGAAGUUCUACUGCAGCUCAUGUGAGGUGCUGAUUUGCCGUGACUGUACGGUUGUGGACCAUCCCCGACCAGAACACAAGUGCAUGAAUCUGGAUGAGGCUUACACGUGGAGGCGUCAACUCAAUGAGAGGGAGUUGCAGCUGGCCGUACGGGUGGUCAAGCUGGCCAAAAAGGCAAAGGGCAUUCUGCAGUCCACCGAGGCCUCUCUGAACCAGCGAUGCGACCAGGUCAUUGGUGAGAUCGAGAAGUGCCGGGAGGCAGGCCUGGAGCAGCUCCAGGAAAAAAUGGAGGCUAUCGAAACCUUCCAAGUCGACCUGGAGAACGAGAUCCUGGGGCUCCACGACUUGACCGAAGCAGCCACCAAAACCGAUCUCUUGGACCAGUCCAAGGGCGUCAUCGAGAGCCUGACAUCCUUGCGAGAGCAACAGGACGAGGUGCUAGACAAGCCAGAGAAGGUACAGUACCCAGUCUUUGUAGCAUCAGGGGAGGAGAUCCAAGGAUGGCCCAAGCCUAUCAACCUGGACGGAUCAGGCAAGGGCAAGUCUCGCAAGCCCAGGCCAAGGAGACAGCACAGCUCUGGAUCUGUGGGCCAGUCCAAAGAGGAAACGGGUGGCAUCAGCGGGGAGUUAACUAGUCUGAUGGGGGAGCUGCUUUCUGGGGACAGCAUCAUGCUGGACAGUCAAAAAGGAAGGGGUCAGGGAAAUCGAGGGAGAGGCUACUAUCAUCACCGUGGGCGGGGAGGCAACCAGUACCGGGGGCGAGGCAGUAAACGGGGUCAGGGAGGAGGGGAGAAGGGCCGAGGGUAUUAAAACCAAAAAGGAAAUUAACUGUCAAAUAGCUCCAUAUCAGUGAAUAAUUACAUUAGUGUGCACAGCCGGGUUGAAAAACAUCAAAAGUUUCUUCGUUUGAACUUAAUUAAAGGAAUUCCAGUUAUGGAGUCUGUUGUCAGAAUUUGUGUGAGGGGGAGGGGAUUAGAUUAAUUGAGGGGGGGCGCAUUCAAAUACUACAAGCCUAAUCACAAGGCUGGGAAAUAAAAGAAAUCUGAACAAUACGGCCGUUUCUCAAUAGUGCGCCACAAAGAGUUUGCAACACGUUGGCCAA